AUGAGUGAUGGCGAUGCGGUGCCUGACAUCACACCCUUUCAGAAGAUGCUGUCUGCUACGACUGGCAGCCUUCUGACUGGACUGACCAUGACACCUUUGGAUGUCGUCCGAGUACGUUGGCAAUCGCAAAAUGUACACCAGCCGAGUGCUGCGAAAACCACCGCCCUCAACAAACUUCCCCUGACUGCACCCGAUGCCUUCCGACCCUCCAACCUUGGCGUAACCGCCUGCUGCAGAGAGGUCUUCUUCGCGAACAAUAAUGCCGAGGUCUGUGUCGUAGGCCCUCACGUUAACAGGCCAAUCCGAGGGAUCGAGUGUGCUGUGGAGGAGACACAAAAGAGAACUUUCACCUCGACAUUUGACGGGAUGCGCAAGAUUGCCAGGAACGAGGGACUCUUUACAUUAUGGAGAGGGCUAUCACCAACGCUUCUCAUGGCUGUACCAGCCAACAUGAUCUACUUCACGGGAUAUGAGUGGUUGCGGUACGACAGAAAGAGCCCCUUCGCAUGGAUGGAUAACGAUGCCGCACCCUUGGUGGCUGGCGCUCUCGCCAGAGUAGUCGCCGCUACAUCGAUUGGCCCGAUCGAAUUAUUCCGGACGAAACUCCAGGCCUCACAUGGCGACACGGCCGCCGGCCACGUCAAGGAUACACUACAGAGCAUGCAGGAGUCGGUUAGGACGCAGGGCUAUCGUUCGCUCUGGCGAGGCCUCAGCUUGACAUUGUGGAGAGAUGUGCCAUUCUCCGCCAUGUACUGGUGGGGCUACGAAUCAAUACGGGCCAAGCUCACAGAGACUCGGGAGCGGGGCCGGGGCCGGACAUAUGAAGGCGAUAUUCGCGCGCGGCAACGGUCGCAGAGCCAGGAAAACCACCGGGAAACAUUUACGGACAGCUUCGUCGCGGGGUCACUGUCGGGUGCCAUGGCCUGUAUCGCCACCAUGCCGUUCGAUGUCGGCAAGACGCGAACGCAGGUGUACCAAAGCACGGGGAAGAACGUAGCUGGCGGCGUCAGCAAGACGGCCAUGGCCCCAGAAGAACAGACCAUGUUUGGCCUCCUUCGCCAUAUUGUGAAGACCGAGGGCGUCCCUGGGCUGUUCAGGGGCUGGAUGCCACGCGUGAUGAAGGUGGCGCCCGCAUGUGCGAUCAUGAUCAGCAGCUUUGAGAUGGGCAAGAAGCUAUUCAGAGAUGUCAACGAACGGGCGUUGAAAAAGCAACAAGAGCAAGAUAUGGACUGAGAGACAGGGCGCUUUCUACCAUUCAGCGAUCUCCACUUUUGAGCAUGGCGAUGCACUUUCACGGAGUUUGGUUUAGAGAAAGGUUCUUGGCAUAUGGGUUUUUUGACCCUUUCUUUCUUUUCUUUUCUUCUGGCAUUCAUCUACCACGGAGUAGAAAGACCGUAUUAGAAAGGAGUUUAUGGAGCAUGGGGGCAUGGGGCACGUGUACUUCUUGAAGGUAAGACGCUCCCACACAUAGUCUGCUUGUUUGCGUUAACUCUGCUUGGGUUUAUUGUAUUGUAUCUGUAUCAUUUAGCAGCAAAAACAAAAUCAGGUGCAAGGCACCGACCCUUGAUGUCCUGCAAUCUCGGGCAUAAGGAAGGAGGAUAAUUGUAAUAUCAAGCUUGUUGUCUU